AUGGGCUGGAGCUUGGCAUGCCUCUGGCCCCGUGCCUGGCGCCUGGGAGAACUGGCCCAGAAAGGAGAGGUGCCACCGCUGGCUCCCAACCACAGGCAGGAGGAAACUGUCUGUGGUCAACCAGUGUUGUCUGACCGAAUUGUGGGCGGCCAAGCCUCGCAGAUUGGAGCCUGGCCAUGGCAGGUCAGUGUCGGUUGGAAGGGGAGGCAUUUUUGCAGUGGGUCCCUCGUGGCACAACAGUGGGUUGUGUCAGCCGCUCACUGCUUUAGACUGAAUCCUUUCUCAGACAUCACCGUGACCUUGGGAGCAUAUCAACUUGCAAAUAGAAGCUCCAAAUCCCAGACCGUUCCUGUCGCCCAAGUAAUCCGUAACAUAGCAUUUAAUGGGACUGGGACAAGAGGGGACAUCGCCUUAUUGAGGCUCCAAAGACCCAUGAACUAUACCCCAUACUUCCUCCCAGUGUGUGUGCCAUUUCCUUCGGCUGUGUUCCCUGAGGGCAUGGCGUGCUUUGUGACUGGAUGGGGAAACAUUGGCUUUGAUGUACCACUUCCAUCCCCUCAGAAGCUGCAACAAGUCCAGGUCUCCCUCAUAGAUGUUGACAGAUGCAACGAGAUGUUCAAUGAGCCCCCAACUGGGUACAAUCCUGUCAAAGACAACAUGAUUUGCGCUGGAUAUAAAGAAGGAGGAAAGGACGCCUGCCUGGGUGAUUCCGGGGGGCCCUUGGUCUGUGCCCAAAAUGACUCCUGGUUCCUGGUUGGCAUCGUGAGCUGGGGACAAGGCUGUGCACUCCCGUACCGCCCCGGCGUCUACACCAGAGUCACGUCCUAUGGCGAUUGGCUGCAGCGUUACGUUCCUGGCCUGCGGUUUGGAAUUGUGCCCAUCGCUCUGGAGGGGGGAGGGAACCAUUUCGGACUUUUCACUUCCGCUCCUCUUGUCACUUUCUCUCUUUCCCUCCUCCUGCCUUUCUUGCAGUGGGAAUUCUUGAGGUGAAGAGUUCCUUGCCAGCUUGCCGCUGUAGAAUCAGUGCUGAAUUUGGGUACAUUGUAGGCAGCCCCAGGUUGUGGGGAACCUUUGGGCCUCAAGAUGUUGCUGAAUUCUGACUCCCGCUGGCCAUACUCACUGUGACUGAUGGGAGUUGUAGUUCAGCAGCACCGGGAGGGCCAAAUGUUUCCCACACCUGGUAUCCUGCUUGAAGGAUGA